ACACACACACCCCCAGCUCCCUGCGUACAAGACCACUGCAGCAUGGACUCAGGCUGCUGGCCAAGCUCCCUGGGGGCCGUGGCCCCAGGGCCGGGGAGGGGGGCCUGGCUGGAGAUGCGUCUGUACCUUUCCUGGUACACUCAUCUGAGUCAUUGGGAGUGGCUGGCCCGGGGUGACCCUGAACCCAAUGUGGGCACUGGCGCCAGCUGGAGGGUUCCCUGGUCACACCCUGCCGGGCCAUGGGGAAAAGGCAUGGGGCCUGGCCAGGGAGGGGUGAGGCAGGUGUUUGCCCAGUGGGCAACUAGCGUUCCUGGCGCUCCUGAGCUCUGGGCAGGCACAAGGCCUGGGGAAGAGGGGAUGCUGCCACCCAGAUGUGCCAGGGAGUUGUCCCCUAGCCCCAACCCUUCCAUCCAGAGCAAGGCAGUCAGAAGGCCCCUGCCUCUGUGCCUGUCUCCCUGGGAUGCCUUCAUGCUAUGCGUGUCUGCCUGUGUUGUUGUCACCCCCCAUGACACCCACACACGUGUGUGUGUUUGCACACACAUGUGUGCUCCUCCCUGACUGCCUCCAGCACCUCUGCCUGGGACCCUGGCAUGGGGGCCGUCUGUUGACAAUCUCCCGAGGUAACUCAAAGGGCCGUGACUCAUUCCUCUCCUACUUGUCUCUACUUGUCCCUGCUCCUGCCGGGAGCCCCCUUGCCCUGUGGGAGGCCAGAGGAUUAGGCAGCCUGUCCAGGGGCCUGGAUCCUCCUGCCUGUGGGCCUAGGCUUUAGCGCUUGUCUGGCGGGUGGGUCCCUAUGGUGCUGGCUUCAACUCCCACAGGGAGGCCCGGGGCUGCUCCUCCCCAGCUCCACACACAGACCUGGGAAAGAGACAAUGCAUUUCUGUAAUGAGGUUUCCACCCCGCCCCCGCUGCGGGCUUCUGCCUGAUAAACCUGUGGAGCAGCUCUCUGUCCCACCCACAGACCCGCCCAGCUGGCAGGGAGUUUACCUCCUGGCAGGGGGAAACUGAGGCAGGGCGCCAGACCACAGCUGCCCCCCAUCCUGACUGAUCACUCCUGCCUCCCUAAGACCCAAUUCCUUCCCAAAACCUGUGGCUCAUCCAGGUCUGGAAAGGGUCUGGGAGUGGCUGGAGUUGCCCCUCCUGGAGGUAUCUGGGAUGUGAGGAAAGAGGACGUUCUUGACCAGACAAAAGCCUCGUCCAGACAGGGAGGCAGGACUCGGAGUGAGAGAGCCAAUCAGGCCUGGAGGCAUCCUGAGCACUCACGCCUUCAGGGGCUAGUGCUGGCACCAGGGAAAGGCAUCUUGGUCCUGUUUGUGAAUCUCGUGGGCACCUUGGCAGACUGGCAUCCAUGCCUCCAGACUGAGGGGCCCCACGUGGGAAGCAAAGAGCCUGUCCUCCCUGCCCUAGGGACUGCAGGCCUCACCCCCAGCCAGGUACCUCUGUGCCUACAGGGUCCCCAGACCCAGGCCCACAGCUUCUGAACGGGAGAGAAGCCUCUCUGAGGAUGAGGAAUGUCACCCGUCCAGUUUCCCAAGACAGGCCCUGGCCUGAAUCUGUGAGGGGGCCAAGAACUGCGAGCUGGGGCCAGCCCCUUCGUAUCAAAGGUGAAAGAACUGCGUCUGCAGAGAGAUGACUUUGAAAUCUUGAAGGUGAUCGGCCGAGGAGCCUUUGGGGAGGUCGCCGUGGUGAGGCAGAGGGACACUGGGCAGAUUUUUGCCAUGAAAAUGCUGCACAAGUGGGAGAUGCUGAAGAGGGCUGAGACAGCAUGUUUCCGGGAGGAGCGGGAUGUGCUCGUGAAAGGGGACAGCCGUUGGGUGACCACUCUGCACUAUGCCUUCCAAGACGAGGAAUACCUGUACCUUGUGAUGGACUACUAUGCCGGCGGGGACCUCCUGACGCUGCUGAGCCGCUUUGAGGACCGUCUCCCGCCUGAGCUGGCCCAGUUCUACCUGGCUGAGAUGGUGCUGGCCAUCCACUCACUGCACCAGCUGGGUUAUAUCCACAGGGACGUCAAGCCAGACAAUGUCCUGCUGGAUGUGAACGGGCACAUUCGCCUGGCUGACUUCGGCUCCUGCCUGCGUCUCAACACCAAUGGCAUGGUGGAUUCAUCAGUGGCAGUAGGGACGCCGGACUAUAUCUCCCCUGAGAUCCUGCAGGCCAUGGAGGAGGGCAAGGGCCACUAUGGCCCACAGUGUGACUGGUGGUCGCUUGGAGUCUGCGCCUAUGAACUGCUUUUUGGGGAGACGCCCUUCUAUGCUGAGUCCUUGGUGGAAACCUACGGCAAGAUCAUGAACCACGAGGACCACCUGCAGUUCCCCCCGGACAUGCCUGACGUGCCAGCCAGCGCCCAAGACCUGAUCCGCCAGUUGCUGUGUCGCCAGGAAGAGCGGCUGGGCCGUGGUGGGCUGGACGACUUCCGGAACCAUCCUUUCUUCGAAGGCGUGGACUGGGAGCGGCUGGCGAGCAGCAUAGCCCCCUAUAUUCCUGAGCUGCGGGGGCCCAUGGACACCUCCAACUUUGACGUGGAUGACGACACCCUCAACCAUCCAGGGACCCUGCCACCGCCCUCCCACGGGGCCUUCUCCGGCCACCACUUGCCAUUUGUGGGCUUCACCUACACCUCGGGCAGUCACAGUCCUGAGAGCAGCUCUGAGGCCUGGGCUGCCCUGGAGCGGAAGCUCCGGUGUCUGGAGCAGGAGAAGGUGGAGCUGAGCAGGAAGCACCAAGAGGCCCUGCAUGCCCCCACUGACCAUCGGGAGCUGGAGCAGCUACGGAAGGAAGUGCAGACUCUACAGGAGAGGCUGUCAGAGCUGCUGAGGGACAAGGCCUCCUUGUCCCAGCUGGAUGGGCCCACACCUGGUAGCCCAGGUCAGGACAGUGACCUGCGGCAGGAACUUGACCGGCUUCACCAGGAGCUGGCCGAGGGUCGGGCAGGGCUGCAGGCUCAGGAGCAGGAGCUCUGCAAGGCCCAGGGGCAGCAGGACAAGCUGCUUCAGAGGCUGCAGGAGGCCCAGGAGAGAGAGGCGGCCACAGCUAUCCAGACCCAGGCCCUGAGCUCCCAGCUGGAGGAAGCCUGGGCUGCCCAGAGGGAGCUGGAGGCCCAGGUGUCCUCCCUGAGCCGGCAGGUGAUGCAGCUGCAGGGACAGUGGGAGCAACGCCUUGAGGAGUCUUCCCAGGCCAAGGUAGUCAAGUCCUCCCCCCUUGGCAAGAGGCGCUUCCCCACCAGUCUGACCCCACUCAGAGCCUCAGGGCCAGGCCUGUGUCCCGGGUGGGUGGGCCAUGGCAUCUUGGGUCUCUGCCCUGACCCCCUCCAUGUCCCCAAGACCAUCCACACAGCCUCUGAGACCAACGGGAUGGGACCCCCCGAGGGUGGGCCUCAGGAGGCCCAACUGAGGAAGGAGGUGGCCGCCCUGCGAGAGCAGCUGGAGCAGGCCCACAGCCACAGGCCGAGUGGUAAGGAGGAGGCUCUGUGCCAGCUGCAGGAGGAAAACCGGAGGCUGAGCCGGGAGCAGGAGCGGCUGGAAGCAGAGCUGGCCCAGGAGCAGGAGAGCAAGCAGCGGCUGGAGGGUGAGCGACGGGAGACGGAGAGCAACUGGGAGGCCCAGCUCGCCGACAUCCUCAGCUGGGUGAACGAUGAGAAGGUCUCAAGAGGCUACCUGCAGGCCCUGGCCACCAAGAUGGCAGAGGAGCUGGAGUCGUUGAGGAACGUGGGCACCCAGACGCUCCCUGCCCGGCCACUGGACCACCAGUGGAAGGCGCGGCGACUGCAGAAAAUGGAGGCCUCGGCUAGGCUGGAGCUGCAGUCAGCGCUGGAGGCUGAGAUCCGUGCCAAGCAGGGCCUGCAGGAGCGGCUGACGCAGGUGCAGGAGGCCCAGCUGCAGGCUGAGCGCCAUCUGCAGGAGGCCGAGAAGCAGAGCCAGGCCCUGCAGCAGGAGCUCACCAUGUUGCGGGAGGAGCUGCGGGCCCGAGGGCCAGGGGACACCAAGCCCUCAAACUCCUUGAUUCCCUUCCUGUCCUUCCGGAGCUCAGAGAAGGAUUCUGCCAAGGACCCUGGCAUCUCAGGAGAGGCCACAAGGCAUGGAGGGGAGCCAGAGCUGAGGCCAGAGGGCCGACGCAGCUUGCGCAUGGGGGCUGUGUUCCCCAGAGCGCCCACUGCCAACACAGCCUCUACAGAAGCUCUUCCUGCUAAGCCCGGCUCACACACCCUGCGCCCUCGGAGCUUCCCAUCCCCGACCAAGUGUCUCCGCUGUACCUCGCUGAUGCUGGGCCUGGGCCGCCAGGGCCUGGGUUGUGAUGCCUGCGGCUACUUUUGUCACACAACCUGUGCCCCACAAGCCCCACCCUGCCCCGUGCCCCCUGACCUCCUCCGCACAGCCCUGGGAGUACACCCCGAAACGGGCACAGGCACUGCCUAUGAGGGCUUCCUGUCGGUGCCGCGGCCCUCAGGCGUCCGGCGGGGCUGGCAGCGGGUGUUUGCUGCCCUGAGUGACUCGCGCCUGCUGCUGUUUGACGCCCCUGACCCGAGGCUCAGCCCGCCCAGCGGGGCCCUCCUGCAGGUCCUGGAUCUGAGGGACCCCCAGUUCUCGGCUACUCCCGUUCUGGCCUCUGAUGUCAUCCAUGCCCAAUCCAGGGACUUGCCACGCAUCUUUAGGGUGACGACCUCCCAGCUGGCAGUGCCGCCUACUACGUGCACUGUGCUGCUGCUGGCGGAGAGCGAGGGGGAGCGGGAGCGCUGGCUGCAGGUGCUGGGUGAGCUGCAGCGGCUGCUGCUGGACGCACGGCCAAGACCCCGGCCCGUGUACACACUCAAGGAGGCCUACGACAAUGGGCUGCCGCUGCUGCCCCACACGCUCUGUGCUGCCAUCCUCGCUCAAGGUGAUGGGCCUCACCCCAACCCCUCUGAAAGAGCCUGUCCAGACUGGGAGAGAAGGGUCAGUGAGGCAGGGACAGCGGGAUUAUCGCCACCCCCAUUUCCUCAAGAGAAACAGGCACAGCAAGACCAGGAUCGACUUGCGCUUGGCACCGAGGAGGGGCUCUUUGUCAUCCAUCUGCACAGCAAUGACAUCUUCCAGGUGGGGGAGUGCCGGCGCGUGCAGCAGCUGGCCUUGAGCCCCAGCGCAGGCCUGCUGGUUGUGCUGUGUGGCCGCGGCCCCAGUGUGCGUCUCUUUGCCCUGGCGGAGCUGGAGAACAUAGAGGUAGCAGGUGCCAAGAUCCCCGAGUCUCGAGGCUGCCAGGCACUGGCAGCUGGAAGCAUCCUGCAGGCCCGCACCCCAGUGCUCUGUGUAGCCGUCAAGCGCCAGGUGCUCUGCUACCAGCUGGGCCCGGGCCCUGGGCCCUGGCAGCGCCGUAUCCGUGAGCUGCAGGCACCCGCCACUGUGCAGAGCCUGGAGCUGCUGGGUGACCGGCUAUGUGUGGGCGCUGCCGGUGGCUUUGCGCUCUACCCGCUGCUCAAUGAGGCUGCGCCAUUGGCGUUGGGGGCCGGUUUGGUGCCUGAGGAGCUGCCACCAUCCCGCGGGGGCCUGGGUGAGGCACUGGGUGCCGUGGAGCUUAGUCUCAGCGAGUUCCUGCUACUCUUCACCACUGCUGGCAUCUACGUGGAUGGCGCAGGCCGCAAGUCUCGUGGCCAUGAGCUGUUGUGGCCAGCAGCGCCCAUGGGCUGGGGGUACGCGGCCCCCUACCUGACAGUGUUCAGCGAGAACUCCAUCGAUGUGUUUGACGUGAGGAGGGCAGAAUGGGUGCAGACCGUGCCGCUCAAGAAGGUGCGGCCCCUCAAUCCAGAGGGCUCCCUAUUCCUCUACGGUACCGAGAAGGUCCGCCUGACCUACCUCAGGAACCAGCUGGCAGAGAAGGACGAGUUCGACAUCCCGGACCUCACCGACAACAGCCGGCGCCAGCUGUUCCGCACCAAGAGCAAGCGCCGCUUCUUUUUCCGCGUGUCGGAGGAGCAGCAGAAGCAGCAGCGCAGGGAGAUGCUAAAGGACCCCUUUGUGCGCUCCAAGCUCAUCUCACCGCCUACCAACUUCAACCACCUGGUACACGUGGGCCCUGCCAACGGGCGGCCCGGCGCCAGGGACACGUCCCGGGCUCUGGAAGAGAAGGGCCGAGUUUCUCGCGGCUCCUCUGGCCCACAGCGGCCCCACAGCUUCUCCGAGGCGUUGCGGCGCCCAGCCUCCAUGGGCAGCGAAGGCCUCGGUGGAGACGCAGACCCCACAGUGAAGAGGAAACCUUGGACAUCCCUGUCCAGCGAGUCUGUGUCCUGCCCCCAGGGAUCGCUGAGCCCUGCAACCUCCCUAAUGCAGGCUCUCGCCCCGUUCAGUCCCUCUGUUUUGAAUGCCUUGUCCCUAUCUUCACCUUCACCAACACCAGACUGCCCUCCAGGUGACCCACCAGUACCAUCUUCAAAGGAGCCUUCCUAGCUGCUUGGUCAGGUCUCAGAACGGCCCCGAAGCCUCCCCCUAUCCCCUGAAUUGGAGAGCUCUCCUUGAUGCCCUCUGUUAGGGCCCACCCCAAUCCCAGGGCAGAAAGACAUGAGGGAGCGAAGAACUUGAGGAAUGCCAUACUCCGGCUGGUCCGGGACAUGGAAAUUCGGACUCAGGGAGGGCCUGGGCUGGGCAAUGACUGGAAGGCUUGCCUGGUUUCCCAGGACUUGGGGGUCCUGACUCCCAGUCCUGAUUCCCUGCCUUACCUCUCUGUUCCUAGCCCCAGCCUUUCUAAGCCAUUGGGAAUAGAAUGGAUCCUUUUGUCCUGGUGUCCAGGGGUGAUUGUGCCAAAGCUCUUGUGUCCAGUGCCAAGCCCCCAGAGGCUUGUAAGAGUUGGGAUGAGGGAUGGAGAGGGACUGGGUCUCUGGGAACAGGUUGGGGGUCUUAUCUGUGGACUAUCUGACUCCCAGCUGAGGCCAAGAUGGGGCAUGUCCCGGUCUCUGCUCAGCAUCUGGGUGAGAAAAACAGACUGUGAUCCAGAGGAAGGGAAGAUAGAGAAGAAGAGAAAGGAUGUAGGCAAAGGAGGUGAGAGACAGGAUAGGAGGAAGGAAGUGGAGGAGGAGGUGAUAGGAAUUGGAAGGAGGUAGAAGCCGUGUAGAGGAAGAGGGGAGAGGGACGGAGGAGAAGCGAUGAAGAGGAGGAAGACAAAAAGAGAGGUGGAAGAGAGAGGGAGUCUGGAGAACAAAGAGUCCUUUCUCUGGGGAGGGGUGCGGUGGGCGGGGCUGACGCUGUCAGCCAAUCCUCCCAUCGGGGAAGAGAAUCCUGGACAGGGAUGGGAUGGGGAGGGUAUUUAUAAGGGCUUUUUGGUGGGAGAUGGGCACCCAGUGGGGGCCACUGGAGGGUCUCCCGGCACACUCUGGCCCUUCCCAGAAAUGAGGGCCCUUUUUCUCGAAGCUUCAACCAGUUGUGUAUUAGGGGAACCUAGGGGGCAUUUUACUAUUGAUCACAGUCAUUAUAUUGUUAUUAUAUUACUAUUUUUAUUAAACCUCCCCCGACUGAAGUGUGGGGGGCAAAAUAAGUAUUUAUCUCCUCAAAUGCCACAUUCCCAGGAGGGACAGACCCUGAUGCUCUGUGAGGCAGCAAGAAACCAAUAAAGAUAGCUUUGUAAGCUGCUGGC